AGGAAGAGAUUGCUAAUUAGAAAUGUCGUUCCGAGCAUAUUAGGCAAAAUUGAGAGCUAAGUACAACCGCCGUAAGAUGCUUUGUAUUGGUUUUUGAAAUUCCAAAGGUGGAAAAUUUAAUUGAAGAUUAUUUGUUUCAUGUACUUUAUUCUCUCAUAUCUCAUAUUCUUUUAAAUUUUCCACUGAAGAUAAAGAAUAAUGGUUUGAAACAUUUCAUUGCAGACAACACUGUUCGAAUAUAUAGUAUAAUUUGUGAUCUUUACUUGUAGCAAAAUUUAAUCGCUUAAACCCUCUCAAUUCGUUUAUUAAGAGUUUCAAAAGUGUUUUUUACAUAGCACAGGUUUCAAAAGAAAACACGUGUAAUACUGUAAUCUGAAUUUCUUGCAAUAAAAACAAAGGAAGAGAGAGAAAGAAUACAAAAAGUUGGGCCUCCAAAAUCUGCAAUCACUUUUCCAAGAUGAAGAAUAAUGUUGGUGAAUGGUGAGGAGAUAUGUGAUUUUCCCCUAGCGUUACAGGUUUUGGUUGUUGAAGAAUGUAGAAUGAGGCAGCAAAGUUAUAGUGGGUCUUACUCAAAGUAAUAUUCCAAUCCAUUUGUAAAUAUGUAUCUAUUCACACUUUGUAAUCUUAGUUCCCAACUUUCUUCCUCUCAUUUGCACUCCAUUUAUCACACUCUCAACAAGUUCAAAUAACAUCAAAUCUAAAACUUUAUAUCCACAAGUUAGUUGUUACAUUUUAUGCAUGGGCAGUGGAGCCCAAACAGUGUCACAACCUCCAUUCUUCUCUUACCAAUGGCUUCCUUAUUGUUUUCCUAUUACUGUUUCUCUUCACACAUUGCAAUCAUCUUGUUUCUAUUUUGCUUCGAUAAAGGAGCAUUAGGGGCCAAGUUUACAAUAAUUAACAAGUGUGAUUACACGGUGUGGCCUGGGAUUCUUGCCAAUGCUGGCAGCUCCGCAUUGGAUACCACCGGCUUCCACCUCCCAUCCGGCGGGUCGAGGAGCUUUCAAGCCCCACCCAAUUGGUCAGGCAGGUUUUGGGGCCGAACCGGCUGCAAUUUUGACCCCAAUACCCAACAGGGCACCUGCACCACAGGGGAUUGUGGCUCCAACCAACUUGAAUGCAAUGGUUCCGGGGCAGACCCACCCGUAACACUAGCCGAGUUCACAAUCGGGUCGGGUUCCCAAUCCCAGGAUUAUUACGACGUCAGCCUGGUUGAUGGAUACAAUCUACCUAUGAUGGUGGAUGCGGGUGGCGGGUCGGGUGAAUGUGGGUCAACGGGUUGCGUAGCUGACCUGAACCGGCAAUGCCCGAAUGAGUUGAGGGUUAGUAACCGAGUGGCAUGCAAGAGCGCGUGUGAAGCGUUUCAGAGGGCUGAAUACUGCUGCAGCGGCACCUACGCUUCACCUGCCACAUGCAAGCCUUCGGUUUACUCCACAAUGUUCAAGAGCGCGUGCCCCAAAUCGUAUAGCUACGCAUACGACGACCCUACGAGUACGUUUACGUGUACGGGAGCUGAUUAUACCAUCACAUUCUGCCCUUCAACCACAAGCCAAAAAUCAGCAAGAGUGUCACCACCUGAAACAGGAACAGGGGAGAUGCCUAUGAUAGUGAACAGUUCAUGGUUCUCUGAUAUUUUUUAUGGACUCUCGCCCAAGUCCUACUCUUCCCCAACCUUACUCAUUGCCACUCUCACUAUCCUAACUUUCCUCAAUUUGCAAUCCUCAUAGUGCAUGCAUUUUAAGGUUACUUUUUUUUUCCCCAUUGAAUGUAUCAUAUUUAAGAAUAUCAGAUAAUUAUUGUCUUUAGUGAGGGAUUAUAAUUAUUGAAUUGGAGGGGUUUGAUCUAGGAGCACUAUAUAUAAAAAGAAGUGAUUAUGCGUUGCUUGGCUUAGAAUUGGAGCAAUAUGGUUGGUAAUUGUGGUGGCCACUACUGUCUCUAGCUAUGUUAACUAGGCAGCCAAAGUAACACAACUUUGCGGGAAUUUGAAGUUUGGUACCAACUCA